AAUCUGAAUUCUGCCCCCAGCAGGAAGCAGCAGCUGCAUCAGUGUGUGAGGAAGACGGCGGAGGGAAGGACAGUCCUCUCACGCGCACCCUGAGACGAUGGCCGGGCAGAGGAAGGCUGUUCUCUUUAACUUCUGGGGAGUCGUCGUCUCUUCACGGCCGGACCAUGUUUUCCACAAGCUGGAGGAGUUGCGUAACCUGCCGGGAGGCUUCCUGUCCGGCGUGGCGUCCCAGGAGGAGGGCGCCGUGAGGCGGGCGGAGAAAGGAGCCAUCACGCUGUCUCAGAUGAUCCCGGAGUUGGAAGCUGCCUGUGUGAAGGAGGCCCAGGUCCGAGGUGUGACUCUGCCGUCGGACUGGUCCGUCACGGGCCUGCUGGACGAGCUGGAAAAAGCCAUGGCGGACGUCCAGGCCGCCGUGCUGAAGACCGCCGACCGUCUGCGGCAGAACGGGCUGCUGACGGCCGUGCUGGCCAACCACUGGAUGGACGACAGGGCGGCGGCGGACGGCUCGGCUCGCCUCCUGUCUGUGCUCGGGGCCCAUUUCGACCUGGUCCUGCAGUCCUGCCGCUCCGGCCAUCGGGUCCCCGAGCCGGCCGGGUUCAGUGCCGCCCUCCAGCGCCUGGGAGUCACCUCUCAACAAGCGGUGUGGCUGGAUGCGGAUGAGGCGGGGGUGAAGGCCGCCGAGGCCGCAGGGAUGAAGGCCAUCUUAGUGAGGAGUCUGGAUGACGCUCUGCAGAAACUGUCCGACUCCACAGGAGUGCAGGCUGUGGGAGCGGAGACUCCUCCACGGGCCUGCAGCCACGGCCAGGUCUCUCAUGGAUACGUCGACAUCAAACCUGGAGUGAGGACCCAUUUUGUCGAAAUGGGCUGUGGGCCCCCGGUGGUGUUGUGCCAUGGCUUCCCUGAGAGCUGGUUCUCCUGGAGGUACCAGAUCCCGGCGCUGGCUGCAGCGGGGUUCAGGGUGCUGGCUCUGGACAUGAAGGGCUAUGGAGAGUCCACUGCCCCUCCAGAAAUCGAGGAAUAUUCCAUGGAGCAGAUGUGCAAGGAGCUGGUCACGUUUCUGGACAAAAUGGCCAUUCCACAGGUGACCCUGGUGGGUCACGACUGGGGCGGCGCCCUGGUGUGGACGAUGGCGAGGUGUCUUCCAGAGAGAGUCAGGGCUGUGGCGUCUCUCAACACUCCCAUGUUCCUGCGUGACCCUUCUGUCAAUCCCGCACAGCAACUGCUCAAGAACCCGGUGUUUGACUACCAAGUCUACUUCCAGAAAGAGGGGGUAGCAGAGGCCGAGCUGGAGAAGAAUUUGGCGAGAACGUUCAAGAUUCUCUUCUCUCGAGGCAGCGAAAGGGAGGGACGUCCCUCUCUCACCACUAAAGGAGUGUGUGAUCGAGGCGGUCUGUUCGCAGGUCUGCCGGAGGAGAUUCCCCGGAGCUCCAUGCUGACGGAGGCCGACCUGCAGUACUACAUCAGCCAGUACACGAAGAGCGGCUUCAGGGGACCUUUGAACUGGUAUCGAAACCAUGAGGCCAACUGGAAGUGGGAGUGUUCUCAGCCCUUUGACAAGAUUCUGAUGCCGGCGCUCAUGGUGACGGCAGGUAAAGACCCGGUCCUGUCGCCCGCCCUCACCCACGGGAUGGAGGAGAAGUGUCCAAACCUGACCAGAGGACACCUCGAGGACUGUGGACACUGGACUCAGAUGGACAAACCGGCAGAAACCAACGACAUCCUGAUCUCAUGGCUCAAAGAGACACACGGGAGGACGGGGACGGUGGCGCCCCGACUGUGAGGAGGGGGACGCACACCUUUAUUGAUGAGAAUUCAGUGACAGUGUAAUAAAAGACAUAAAGCAGUUAGAGAUGUAACUGAAAAAAUAGAUCAAAGUCUACUCCGGUCGUAUUAAUAACUGAAGAAUCUCGACUGAAUCUGCCUCACCUUAUGAGAGAACGAUCACGUUUUCUGUAACACUGCACAAAAAUUAAACUUCACAUGCAAAAUGUUGCCAGUG